GCCCCUCACUGCAAGAAAGACAUGGAGGCCCUGGAACGUGUUCAAAGGAGGGCAACAAAGCUGGUGAGGGGUCUGGAACACAGGCCACAUGAGGAGAGGCUGAGGAGCUGGGAAUGUUCAGCCUGGAGAAGAGGAGGCUCAGGGGAGACCUUAUUGCUCUCUAUAACUUCCUGAAGGGAGGUUGUAGUGAGCUGGGGGUCGGCCUCUUCUCUCCUGUCAUUAGUGAUAGGACCAGAGGAAAUGGUUUCAAGCUACGCCAGGGGAGAUUCAGGCUGGACAUGAGGAAGUAUUACUUUUCAGAAAGGGUGGUCAGGCACUGGAAUGGAUGCCCAGGGAGGUGGUGGAGUCACCGACCCUGGGGGUGUUCAAGGAAAGACUGGAUGUUGUGUUGAGGGACAUGGUUUAGUGGGAACUACUGGGAAUAGGCGAACGGUUGGACUGGAUGAUCUUUUAGGUCUUUUCCAACCUUGGUGAUUCUAUGAUUCUAUGAUAAUUUAAUCUCAACUCAUGAGUUCUACUUGUUGUUUUUCUGUUUGCUUUUUUUUUUUAAUUCUCUCCACCAUCCACUGGGAAGAGGUGAGUGUGAGCGAACAACUGUAUGAUGCUAAGGUGCUGAGCCAUCUGCAAGGUUAAACAAUAGUAAAGACAAGAAUAAAGUUUUAUUUCAGAUGCUUGCUUUAAUUGAGUUUUGAAAGGCUGUAAAUUAAUAAAUAACUAGCCGCUGUGAUGAUAAGAAGGAAGUAGAUCAGUGGAAAAAGUUGUAUCUGCAUGAAAAAUACACCAUCUUUUUGAGCUUGUGUUUGAUCUCUCUGAGAAACUUUUUGAAAUAACUUGGGUCAAGAUGUAAGCUGGGCAAAAAUGAACUGAGUGGUUCAUUUUUGAGUGGAACUUUCUGCCUCUCAGCUGUAUCAUUUCCUGAACGAGCAGGUGAUGGUAGAUAUAACAUAUUUGUGAGAUGUCUGUGCUUACCUGUACUUUUCAAAUAAGAAAGUAAAUACUUAAAGACACUGUCAUUUUUGUUCUUUAUUCACAUGGCUUGUGGUGAGUGUGUCCAGGCACUCAUCUUGCAUUUGUAGGGUUCUUGCAAAUAGUUUCAUUUCUAGAUGUAGGAGUCUCCUGCCUUUGUGUGCGGGCACUUAAGAGAUCUGUGUAAUUGGGUGUCCUUUUUCUUCCAGAAAAUGCUUCUUCCAACAAAUGCCAAGAGGCACGAUUGCUUUUUUUCUUUAUUUCUCUUAAAUGAUAUCCAGCAUGGUUGUGGAUACCGACAUAAUGUUCACUAAUUGGCAGAACCAUGUUUCACAGCACUGAAAGCUCUUCUCUGUAGGUAGACUGAGUGCAUCCUCCUGGUGUUCUCCACUUAUCAUUCAGCUGAGGCAACAGAGUACAGCUCCAUGAAAGCCAGCAAUACUGAAAUCUAAUGCUGAUGUAAGAAUGAGAUUUCACCUUGCAUCAAGUGAGCCAGGAAAGUGUUGGGAUCACAGGAAUGCUGACUCCUGCUCAGCCACAAAAUUAAUUGCAUUCAAGGAAGGAGAUCUCCAUUGCUUAAGGAGUGUACCAAAUCUUCCUCUUUUCUCAAAGAUGUUAGGACUCAACUAACCUUAGCAGCCUAUGCUUCUUUGUAUCUCUCUCCUGUGAAAGGUUUAAAAGGGACAGUAAUUGGAAAUACUGUUUGUAGAUGUGAGAUGCAGUACAUGGAAUGAAGUUUGAGUUAUCAGACCACUGAUUCAGUUCUUACCAUAUGGUUAAAGGCUUGAAAUGUUUUCUGCCGAGCUGUAAGAUGUCCUAAAUCCCUUUCUUCAAACAGGUUUCAAGUAUCCUUUGUCACACUAUAUAUGUCUCCUAAUUCUUCUGUGAAUAAACUGACCAGCUGUUGUUUGUUUUAGACAUGAAGCUGCUUGGAAGUCUCUUGAUUUCCAUCUUCUACAGUCUUCAGUGACUGGAGAGUUUGGCACUGAUGACUAAAGUUGAAGUUGACUGAGUGGAGGAGGUGGUGGGGAGGCAGACUGGAUAAAGCACUUUUCCCAGUUCUUAUAUCUGUGUGGUUUCUCUGAAAACCUGUUCAUUUGGAAGUCCCUGAACAAAUCUGUGUUUGAUAGCCAAACAGAGCUGUGGUGAGUGCUGCCUACCCGCUAUCCCCAACCUAGUUUGCUUUUGCUAUUCCUUGCUUGUGAUUGCUUUGCCUUUUACUUGUUUUAGCCAUAUGGUGAAAAAGAGCUCUUCUAUGGCUUCUGUUUUCAAGUCUGUUUUACUGCUCUGUCACAGUAGGUAUGAAAAUGGCAAUCAUAUUUCCAUUAAGAAAGCAAGUGCCAGCAUCUGUCUUCAGGGCAUUUCCUGCCAUUCAUCAGGGAGUAGGAAUUUGUUUACUGCUUUUUGGGAAGUAGCAAUGUGGAGCUGCUGCUCAGAGGUGCUGAGCUGCUUGGAGGAGUCCUGGCAAACAGACACCAGGCCCUGUUUGCAAAAGAUGGUAGAGAAGCACGUCAUGGCUGGAGCAAACCAUGGAGUGUGCAGCUGCUACCAGGCAGAGCCAGGUAAUUGUUAUUACUGCCAUGCAGCGUUGGGAAAUUGAAAUGCUGUACUAUUUGCGCUGUGUAACUUGGAUCUAGUUUGCUUACUGAAAGAUGUUGCAGUGUGCCAGCACCCUCUUGUGGGCUGUGGAAUAGUGUGGAAUUUUGACUUGCAAGAUGGAAAUGGGAAAAUCUCUUACAGCAGUGGCUGUAUAUUGUCCCAGGUUGCAGACUCAGCAUGUGUCCCUAAUAAUUAAAAAGCCUGGCCAGGGUUCAAGAAAGAACCAAGGAAGUUUGUGUGCUCGUUGGCCUUGACACUGUGCUUCUAAGCAAGGAAAGACAGCAGCAGUCUCUGCCAGCCAAAAAAACCAUCAGAAGUAUUUCACAAUGGAUGUAGAUGAUGAAGAAAACAUGAGUUCAAGCAGCACUGAUGUUAAAGAAAACCGCAACAUGGACAACGUUCCCCCCAAGGAUGGCAGUGCACAGGGCACCGGGGAGGGGGCUCAGCUCUCCAAUGGUGGCAGCAGCAGCAGCAGCAGCAGAAAGCGGCCUUUGGAGGAAGGCAACAAUGGCCACUCCAAAUUUCGCCCUAAGAAGAGGAAGAAAACACCAGGUCCUGUUUUGCCAAAGAAUGCCCUGAUGCAACUUAAUGAGAUCAAACCUGGUUUACAGUAUAAGCUGCUGUCCCAGACGGGGCCAGUUCAUGCCCCAAUGUUUGUGAUGGCUGUUGAGGUUAACGGACAGGUGUUUGAGGGCUCUGGCCCCACAAAGAAGAAAGCCAAGCUCCACGCUGCUGAGAAGGCUCUGCGGUCAUUUGUCCAGUUCCCAAAUGCAUCAGAAGCACACCUGGCCAUGGGGAGGACUCUCUCUGUCAACACGGACUUCACCUCUGACCAGGCAGACUUUCCUGACACGCUUUUCAAUGGAUUUGAAACUCCAGUUCCUUCUGAUGCUUCCUUUUACCUAGGGUCCAAUGGGGAUGGCUCCUUUGGCUCCAGCAGGGAGUAUGGUCUGCCAUCAGCUGCUGUGGCAAGUAGCCUUACUCAGUUGCCUCUCCCUGCAUCGUUGCCAUACCCGACCACGAGUGGGAAGAAUCCUGUAAUGAUCCUGAAUGAGCUCCGGCCAGGCCUGAAGUAUGAGUUUCUCUCAGAGAGCGGGGAGAGCCAUGCCAAAAACUUUGUCAUGGCUGUCGCUGUGGAUGGGCAAACAUUUGAAGGAUCGGGAAGGAAUAAAAAGCUUGCGAAAGCUCGGGCUGCACAGUCAGCCCUGGCAUCCUUGUUUAACAUGCAGCUGGACCAGACUCCAUCUCGACAGCCCAUUCCUAGUGAGGGGCUCCAGUUACAUUUGCCACAGGUUUUAGCUGAUGCUGUUGCACGCUUGGUUGUAGAUAAAUUCUGUGAUUUGACAGAAAAUUUCACUUCUCCACAUGCACGUAGAAAAGUCCUUGCUGGAAUUGUCAUGACAACAGGUACGGAUGUGAAAGAUGCUCUGGUAAUAAGUGUUUCUACGGGAACAAAAUGCAUUAAUGGUGAAUACAUGAGUGAUCGUGGUCUUGCAUUAAAUGAUUGCCAUGCAGAAAUUAUAUCCCGCCGGUGCCUGCUUAAAUUUCUGUAUACACAACUCGAGCUUUAUCUAAGCAAUAAAGAUGAUCAGGAAAAAUCCAUUUUUAUCAAAUCAGAGCGAGGCGGUUUUAAACUGAAGGAGAAUGUGCAGUUCCAUCUCUAUAUCAGCACGUCUCCUUGUGGAGAUGCUAGAAUUUUCUCACCACAUGAAGCAGCACAAGAGGAUCAAGGGGACAGACACCCAAACCGCAAAGCAAGAGGACAGCUACGAACAAAAAUAGAAUCUGGGGAAGGGACGAUCCCUGUGCGCUCUACUACCACCAUCCAGACAUGGGAUGGAGUGUUGCAAGGAGAAAGGCUACUUACUAUGUCAUGCAGUGACAAGAUAGCAAGGUGGAACGUAUUGGGUAUUCAAGGAGCCUUACUUAGCCUCUUUGUGGAGCCAAUUUACUUCUCUAGCAUCAUCUUGGGGAGUUUAUAUCAUGGGGAUCAUCUAUCCAGAGCCGUAUACCAGAGGAUAGCAGAGAUAGAAGAUCUACCACCUCUUUAUACACUCAACAGACCUUUACUUAGUGGUAUUAGCAAUGCAGAAGCACGCCAACCAGGGAAAGCACCAAAUUUCAGUGUAAAUUGGACAGUGGGAGACAGUAGUCUUGAAGUUAUUAAUGCUACAACUGGCAAAGAUGAAAUGGGGCGUGCAUCUCGCCUCUGUAAGCAUGCUUUGUACAGCCGCUGGAUGCGUGUUCAUGCAAAGCUUUCAUCCAGCUUGCGCUUGAAGAUCUUCAAGCCUAACCUGUACCAUGAAACCAAGCAAGGAGCCACUGAGUAUCAAACUGCCAAAGAGUGUUUAUUUAAAGCAUUCCUGAAGGCAGGACUUGGAGCAUGGGUGGAGAAACCCAUAGAACAGGAUCAGUUUUCACUCACAGUCUAAUUCACAGUCUGCACGUCAGUUUGGAAGGGGAGUCGCUUUGGAAAUCCUGGUGUCCAGCAUUGCUUUCUGGCAUCUCCAUACCUGUUAAAACAUCUUUUUUACUGUUUUUUCUUUUUCAAAGCUUGGUAGUAACUGUUUUGGUUUUGCCUAAGUAUUGAAACUCAAUGAUAAUCUGACACAUAAUUGUGUAUUUUGUUAUGAGAAAGUAAUUUCUCGUGUAUUUCUAGAAAUACUUUUACUGUAGAAAAUCUGCAGUAAGGCUGUCUGUCCUUACAGUAUACAAUGACUCAUUUUUUCUGGGUUAAAAUAAUUGCUUUUUUAAUUUGAUGUCAUCAAGUGCAUGAAGAAAUAAAUAUUUAUUUAGAUUUUACACCACACUUGUAAGAAGUAGCUUAAUUUUGUAAGAGGAAAAUAGGCAACGAAGAUGAUUCUUCUCCUCUUUUAAGUUGUUUUUGAAUUGCAGAUGUUGCUAGCAUCAUCUACAUCAUCAUACAUGCUAGAUGUUGCUAGCAUUGGGCCAGAAUGAAGUCUGGACAAGUAGUUUUCCCCACUUCCUUGCUCUUUAAAACCAGCUGCUGAGAAAUUCAUGUCUUUGAUGUAUGUAUUUAUUAGUCUAUGAUCCCAUUUUUAACAUGCAGCUUUCUAUUCUGGUUUUAAAAAUACAUUUACCUCCCAUUUACACACAUUGUGAAGUCUUUUUUUUUUU